AUGAGACUGACCACUUUGCUCGCCCUGCUUUGUUUCGCCUUCGGCUGCAUUUGGGCCCAGCCGGCGGGUUAUCCGAAUGCCCGUCCGCCGCCGGCCACUUAUCUGCCGGCCAAGCCACCAGCUCCACCACCUCGUCCUCCUCCGCCGCCGGCCAAUAGCUACGGUCCCCCCAAGAACGGCAAUGGAAAGCCACCACCUGCUCCGCCCAAGCCCAACAACAGUUAUGGGCCACCACCGAAGAAUGGCAAUGGAAAGCCUCCACCCGGAAACGCUUACUUGCCACCAGGCAACGGCAAUGGAGGAGGCGGAGGAGGCGGUGGUGGCGGGGGAGGAGGUUCGGGAGGCGGCGGUGAGGAUAUACCCAUCAUCAAGCUGGAGUCCAAGGUCAACACCGAUGGUUCAUAUAUGUAUGAAUACGAGACGGGAAACGGAAUAAAGGCCGAGGAAAUGGGCUACCUGAAGAACCCAGGUGUAAAAGGAGCGGAGGCACAGACGGCUGAGGGAUCGUUUUCGUACACCAGUCCCGAGGGACAGGAAAUCAUGGUGACCUACAUUGCGGACGAGAACGGAUUCCAGCCACAGGGCGACCACCUGCCCACACCGCCACCCAUUCCCAUCGAGAUUCAGGAGGCGCUGGACAAGAUAGCCGCCGGUGGAGGAUGCCAUGGAUGCGAUGACAAUGAAACCGGGGGCAAUGAUGAUGACGGUGGAGGUGGCAAUGGCUAUGUUUACCGACUAAAGUAA